AUGCAGACCAUCCAUCGUGCUAUGCAAGAGCUUCGGUUUGAGGAGAUGAAGGAGAGGUUCUUCCCCGGCCCUGAUCCUCCCGAAAAUAUCGAGAGCGAGUUCGACUACAUGCACAUCAGUUGGCUCGCCACCCCGAAAUCAGAGCAGGAAGUCAACGUUCAAAUUGCCAAAAUUGCGUCAUCGGUUUUCAGGGAAGCCGUGAAGGAGCGUGCCCCAGGCCUGGUACCACUUGUGGCCUUGGAUACCUCGACGAAGUUCUUGCCAGACGGCAAAGGUCCGAGGGCCGUGUAUCAGCGCACCUGUCCCGAUGUCUCAAUCUACUUCAACGACAAACGCACUCGUGAGCUGCUUGUAGCCGACACUGACAAACGUGGCGACUCGAUCUCGGACAUCGAAGGAGACGAGAUGGAACCGGUGGCAGAGGAAGAAGAUGACGACGAAGACGACGACGACAACAAUGAAGACAACAAUGAAGACGACGAAGACGAAGACAACAACAGCAGCAGCAACAGCAACAGCAACAGCAACAGCGAAGAAAGUGACGAAGAACUCUCAGAGGACGGUGCCAAUGCGUCCGAAGAACGUGGUGUUGUGCCUGAAGAACUUCGUGACGAGGAGUAUCAUGCCAUUAGACCCGAAGACUACGCCACGCCGGACCGGCGUGAUGGUGUCGUUCCCGUCGCACCUUUGACCCGUGCUCAGGCCAUGAAAGGCUUCGACGGUAGGACAUCCUAUGCCGAUAUCAUCAUUCCUGUAGAAGUCAAGAUCAACUCGACGAAGUCGGCGUUCAAGUUCGACCUGUCUGAAUCUCCUGGGGCGAAAUCCCCGACACUACCGCGGGCGGUGACCAAAAAGCGCGCCAAGAAUGCUUCAGAUUCCGAAGAAGAGCACGGUGUGGUGGCGGUAGGACUGGCGCCAUCUUCUGGUCAGAUGGAUUCCCUGGGCCAGAUCACCGAAUACUGCGCCGCCAUUCUAGGACGACAACAUCGCACCCAUCUCUUUGCGGUGUAUGUGCUUCGCAACCAGGCCCGUAUCCUCGUCGUCACACGUGGUGGCAGCUUCCUCUCAGCCGCUUUCAGAUACGGCACGGUAGAAGACAAGACCCUGCACCGCUUCUUCUGGCGUGUAGCCCAUAUGUCUAGAGAGGCCCUCGGCUUUGAUCCAUCCGUAGUUCGGGCCACAAGCACUGAUGAAGAGAAGCUGCUCAACUUCGCUAAACGUACUAUGAACUCGGGCGAUCCUCGACGAGCUCUCCUUCUGCACACACUCGGUCGCAACCCGAGGGCGCGCGUCCAGCCGUACGAGGCCACCAUCACGCAGUGGCCAUUACAUCGCACGACAAUCGGAGGCAACGCACCUCCGCACUUUACGGACCCGCACCUCGCGUUUUUCAUGCUUUCCGCUUGGUCGAGUCCGCACAACAAUAUGCGCAACAUGAUCCAGUCACAUUACGCCGUCUGUAUUCGCCACCCGGGAAACAACGUCUACCACGGUGUACGGCAGAAGUUCACGAACAUGCGCCUAGGUGCCAGCGACCCCUGGGUCUACCCUGUCGACAAUACAGACAUGGACGCCGUACUCGAGAAUAUCGCCAAGCUCACUUACGACCACUUGUCUCCGAUCGAUUUGAAGAUAUACAAGCGCAUCUACACGAAGGCCACUGAUGUGCCUGUCGAACCUCUAGAGGAGCCAGGCCCGCUCGCAGAAUACGAACCAUUGAGGAAGAUCUUCGAGCGCUAUUCAGACAAGAAGAACUGGAAAAAGAAGAACUGGAAGAAGACUACCGACUUGUUCACGAGGGCGCGACUCAUCACCAUGCACGAGAACAACUACGUGAGUUGUGUCGUCCACGCACCGGAAGAGAAGCCUUCCAACAAGUCGGGGCCAGCGAAGAAGAAGCAGAAGAGAGCGUAA